GGACUAUCUCCCAGCGGCAGGCCCUUCGAUAAAAUCAGGAACUUGCUGGCCCUGCAAUGUCAAGGGAGGGGGCUCACCCAGGGCUCCUCUAGCUCAGGGGGCAGGCCCGAGCCCUGCGUCUGGCCCGUGGCCGUCUAGUGCCCCCCUGCCCUGACCCUGGCCCCCCGACGGGACUACCCAUCCUAAGGGGCUCCGCACUGGCCCCCACCGAGGCAGGGGAUCUUGACCGGCUCGGAGCUUGGCUGAAUGUUACAGGCGUGCAAAAUGGAAGGGUUUCCCCUCGUCCCCCCUCCAUCAGAGGAGCUAGUUUCCUAUGACACAGAUCUGUACCAACGCCCGACACAUGAGUACUACCCCUAUCUCAGCAGUGAUGGAGAGAGCCACAGUGAUCAUUACUGGGACUUCCACCCCCACCACGUGCACAGCGAGUUCGAGAGCUUUCCCGAGAACCACUUCACGGAGCUGCAGAGUGUGCAGGCCCCGCAGCUGCAGCAGCUCUACCGCCACAUGGAGCUGGAGCAGAUGCACAACGUCCUCGACACCCCCAUGGCGCCGCCCCACGCCACUGGCCUCGGCCACCAGGUCCCCUAUCUGUCCCGGACAUGCCUCGUGUAUCCAUCCCUGUCCCCACCCCAGCCCAGCUCCGAUGAGGAGGAGGGGGAGCGGCAGAGCCCCCCGCUAGAGGUGUCUGACGGGGAGGCCGACGGCUUGGAACCCGGCCCAGGGAUCCUGCAUGGAGAAACAGGCAGCAAGAAGAAGAUCCGCCUGUACCAGUUCCUGCUGGAUCUGCUGCGCAGCGGCGACAUGAAGGAUAGCAUCUGGUGGGUGGACAAGGAGAAAGGCACCUUCCAGUUCUCGUCCAAGCACAAGGAAGCGCUGGCGCACCGCUGGGGCGUGCAGAAGGGUAACCGCAAGAAGAUGACCUACCAGAAGAUGGCGCGCGCGCUGCGCAACUACGGCAAGACGGGCGAGGUGCGCAAGGUCAAGAAGAAGCUGACCUACCAGUUCAGCGGCGAGGUGCUGGGCCGCGGGGCCCCGGCCGAGCGGCGCCACCCGCCCCAUUGAGCCCCGGCCCCCACCGGGCCGCCCCGCUGCCCAUAGCAUUAAGCCCUCGCCUCGCCGUCCCGGACACAGGGAGCGCGCUCCCAGGGGCCAGAGGCUGGACUGUGGCGGCCAAGGUUCGCCGCCCCCGUCUUCCCCCUGAGUACACCCUGCUUUCCCCUAGUCCCACUCCAACACCCGGACUCCAUUCCCCACCCUCCCCUUAGGGUGGGCUGUCGAGUAAUUGGGGGGGCGUCCUGGGAGCCAGUUCUUCCCAUUUGGAGGACUCCCCAUCUGGAUCCUUCUUUAUAAGCACCUAUCCUACCCCUCCUACACUGAUCAUUAAUUCAGUAAAGUUGUCUCCAGUGAAA